AUCCCAGAAAAUCCCAAUCCCCUGAAAUCACUAAAUAUUCUUUAUUCUUGAACAGCGGAAAAGAACUGGGAUGAUGCCAUAGCGCUCUCCAGCAGGAGAUGGUGAAUGAGACAAGCACACUGUUGCCCGCGCAGCCAGUGCUGUGCCAGCAGGGCAAGGUCUGCUCGCGUCGCUAACAGAGCUGCAUCGCGACCGCCUCAACGUCUGCUCCGCUGUUUCCUGCACAGCUCUCCCCCUGUCCUGCAGCCAUCCCCACUGGCUCCAUCCAGGGGGCACAGGGAGCUCGACUUCCCCCAGCGCCCGUCGUACGGCAGCCGGCGGGCACGGCGCGUUGCGGCGGGGCGGAGCGGCGGGGGAAGGCCGGGGCUGCCCCGUGGCGGCGGCGGUUGCCGGGUAACUGGGGGCCUCCCCGCCCGCAGGUGGGAGCCGUUCGGGGCCGGUUUCUGCAACAGGGAGCUUCUCUUCGUGCCCUGGUCCCUCGCAGGGAGCAGCUGGUGGCAGCCCGGAGGAUCCUGCUUGUCUGUGGGGGCCGUGGGCACCGCCGUAGCGAGCGAUUGCCCGUCUUGAGCUCUCCCAUCGGCCCGUCUUAUCGUGGUCAUGCACCUAGCCUGCACCAUUUACGUGAAAAACUCACCAUUAUUUCACCAUCUGAACGUUCCUGUUCAUCUGAUAGUUUUCCAUUCUGAUCAGAAUUUGCUGAUUGUUCUUACUGUUUUUUUAAGCAGGAAAUGGAGCAAUCAAACAAGAAACUGCAGUGUGAGCAAAUGCAUCAUUGAAGAUAAAUGGAGAUGAAUGACUAGUAAGCGAAAAUCUCUAUAGCAAAAGGAUGGAAAGCAAAAGAGGCAGAGCAGCAGCAGCACUGGAAGAAAAGCAUAUGAAGAAGGACCUGAAGUGGAAUCCUGGCAGAGCUUCUCACCCAGCCUCAGCUGCAGUCCGGGUGACUGACUCAAGUUGGCAAGGUAACCCAAAUCCGAGUCCACUUAUUAAAGAUGAUGGAGAGCUACUUAUGGAUGAAUACCUUUCCCCAAGGAAACUGAAAGCUUUGGCAGGGGUGGAUGAUCUGCAGCAAGUAAAGGCCCUAGAGAUGCGAAUAGAUACAAGAGAGAGCAGCUUGGGGAACUUUGGUGCCUACCUACCUAAUCUGAGAGAGCUGAAGUUGAACAAUAGCUUGCUCGUAUCUGUGAGGGAUCUUGGAACCACACUGUCCCAUCUCCACGUGCUAUGGAUGGCUUGUUGUGGGCUCUUGGAUGUAGAUGGAAUCUCUGCCUGCAGCUCUCUAAAAGAACUCUACAUAGCCUACAACAAAAUCUCAGACCUAUGCCCACUGAGCUUUUUGGAUCACCUUGAGGUUUUGGACCUGGAAGGGAACAAUGUUGAGGACAUCAACCAGAUGCAGUACCUGGGGCUUUGCUGCAAACUGAGGAGCCUGACAGUGGAGGGUAACCUUAUUUGUCUAAAGCCAAAUGCAGAAUCUGCAGAGGAACUAGAUUACAAUUACAGAGCUGAAGUGAGAAAACUCAUUCCCCACCUGGAGUAUUUGGAUGGAAUACCAGCAAGCCAGACUGCUGUCCUUCCUUCCAAUAAGAUGAAUGAGGACUGGCUAAUCAUCAAGGAAUCCAUCAAGGAGGGUGGUUUGCCCAGAGACAUUUCAUGGUUAGGUCCAUCUGCAAUGGCAAGGCAGCCUGGAUCCAGCCCAAGACCUCCCACAGCUUCCAGACCUGGAACUGUGCUAUGGUCUGCUAGUGCAGGAAGGUGUAGCAAUUCCCAUCUGUUGUACAACGGCUCUCCUCUUCCAAAUCUCCCUGUUUCUGAUGACCUGUUUCCAGAUGACUCCAGUGAUCUGACACAUGGACUCACCCAAGUUAUAUGUGGGAACCCUGUCAAGGCCCUUCGUGCGAGGAGGCUAAAGCUAGGUCCGCCUGCAGUGAGCCCCUUGAAACUGUGCAAUCUGAAGAUAGAAAACCCUGACAUCUCUGUAGGAGGAGGAGAUCUGAGCCAGGAAGAUGUCUUCUGUGUGCCGAGAGUGUGGAGAGAGCAGCAUAAGUGGUGGUGCCUGCACACAGCUCAGCAAGAAAGAGCCGUCCCAGCAGCAAAGGUAGCUACUGAUGAUGAGGAAGAGGAUGAAGGCUGCAGCCCAGCCAACAGCGGUGAGGGUGAGCUGAGGGGCACCUCUGAUGAGGACCUCACUGGAGGGAUUUCCCCUGAUUCUUCUUGCCAGUCCUGUCUCUCACGGUCCUCCUCAGAUUCGUUACUUGCUCAGGAAGGCACAGUGUUCCCCAGCCAGAACCGCUGUCUAAUUCCAUCUCCUCCAAAAAGCCCUUCACCUGCAUCGCUGAUGGGUUUUGCAGCAAGACCCUGGGAACUGAGGAACCACAGGGUGAGGUGCCUGAAGCUAACCAGCCCAGAGGAGGGCAGGCAACCCCAGCGAUGCCAGGCACGGGCAUCUCAAGAAACUUCAGCUCAGCCACUAGGCAAGGGCCUCACUCUGCUGAGCCUGCACAGCGCACCAGCAGCACAGGAGCUUCUGCCCCUCAGCCCCCAAGGGCAGUGCCGGCCCGAUGGCAGCCCUGCCAGGCAGAGGCCUAUCUCAGGACCUGCAGCUGUUGGAUCAGCAGACAUCAGUCCCACCCUGGACAAGAGUCCCCACAGAGUGACCAGCCAUCCCCAGCCGGUUGUCCUCUCACCCACAAACCUCGGGGAGGUUGGGCUGUUGAAUGCUGUUUGUCCCCCGACUGCUGGGGCGGUGCUGCAGAAGCUGCCAGCCAGACACGCUGUCUCAACAGUAUCUCAAAGCAGGAGUCCCCGCUCGUAGCCCGUGUGCAUCAGAGCCAUUGACAUCACGCAAUCUCCACACGCUAGGUGCAGUCCUGACACUUGGAGGAUCAAUGCCAUCCUUCAGCUGCCUCUGCGAGAUAAAAGCAGAGCUGUGCAAGUAGAGCAGUUCAAACAAAUGCCGUGAUUUGCCUCAAUUAAGGCUACAGCUGGUCCAGAAGUGCGUUCUUUAAAGAGCACCUGCUGAUCAACAUAAGAGCUAAUCAACCUCUUAUGACAGCAAACGUGGUUAUUUUUGCAGCCUUCGCGCACUAAAACAGAACAACUCUUAAUGUAUUUCCUAUCUCCUGCCUCGUGCCCUGCUCUGUGAGCGAGGCAGUGGCAGUAAACCAGCGGGGCUCAGAGCCUGCCAGUGCCAGGGUGGGCUAGAGGAAGUGGGAGAUGUGCAGCAUUCCCCCUCACGCUCAGCAGCCUGGCCUACAAGCAUCCCUGCUGUGUGUCUUUUGCAGAACUCAACCUUCAGGGACAAAGCCAAGGGUUCAAGGCAGCGUUGACCUGAGCGUGUUGCAUAUCAUAUGACUGAGUCACUUUAAAUAAUGCAGUGGCAAAGAUGAGACAGGGAAGUAAGGAAAUGGUCUCUUGUUUUUCAGCGGGGCAUUUGCUUUAUAGUUGGGUGAGGUUCAAAAGAGCUGGUUUAGCGGCUGCAGACUGAGGUGCUGAUCCCAGUGUCUGUGCCUUACGACUUUAUUGAUGUUGCAGUCUGAAAUCCAGCAUCAUCACAUUUUUUACAGUUUAAAUUACCAUGUUAGAUAUGUAUUUUUAAAUCACUUGAUGAAACUGUGAUUAUGUGAUGAGUUAAUUAAUUGUUUUAUGUCUUCUUUCUACCAAUCAGCUAAAAGUAAAGGAACGGAAUGGCAGAGAAAGCCCAAAAUCUU